AUGAGCAAAUCAGGUGGUAGUAAGGACCAGUGGCAGUUGUCCCUGAAAGAUGGCCUUACUAUCGAAGACGAGGCUGAUGUCUUUGAAAUUACUGACUUCACUACGGCCUCAGAGUGGGAACGGUUCAUUGCCCGGCUGGAGGAGAUUCUUCAUGAGUGGAAGCUGGUAAACUGUGAGCCCCGUCCAGCGGCACUGAAGGACCAGUACGCUACAGGAACAUGGGCAGAAAAAUCAGAAGAGGUGCUUUUUGCAGAUUUUCGAUUCACUUUCUCGUAUGUUUACUUACAGACAAAUGAGGACAUAUCUGCUACAAAUGUGUCCAGAAAAGAAGACUUAGAAGAAGUAGAUGAGGAACACAAGACGCCAACGGUAUUCCUCGAUUUGAUGAAUUUUGAUAAUGAUUUUCCUUCAAGAGCCCACUACUUGUGCAGGUGGUAUGGUCUUCAGGAGUUUUUUACUCUGACACCUGUCAGCGAGAAACAGCUAAUUGAGGGCGAAAGCAAAGCACGAUUGUUGCUGAGUUCAGCGUCAAUUGCGUUUGGGAAUUCUAACUGCGGCAUUCCAGUGUUUAUUCAGGUCCUAUCCAAAUGGCGGAAACUGUUUACUGGGACUGGCUUAGUUCCUGGUGCAACAACAGAGUUUGAAAUGUCACACUUGCGACGCUUUCCAGCUCAAUACUGCCACCUGGCAGGUCUUCUCGAUGUGUUUAAAUCUAAGCUAGGGUGUGUGUAUAUUUCCAUGCCUCCUGUGUCCGUGUCCGUGAGGUUUACCUAUAUCUUGCAGGACUGGAUACACAGUGCCUGGCCACAGGUGCCUCCAGAUUUUUCAUCUUUCUGCGACGGAGAAGUAGGAUAUGGGGAGAUUGACUUUCUUCCAUUUGGGGCAUGUACGGACACUAUAAGUGAACUGCACCUCUUCUGUACCUGGCCUUGUUUAUCAGAAGAUAUGAUUGUUGAAAACAGCCUAUAUUCAGAUCUCGACCCUCUCCAGGCUCCACAGUGGAUGGUGAGGCUUCAAAUGGCUGAUGAUCCUCAGUGUUUGCUGGGCGAGUUUCUACGAGAUUUUCUGAAGCUCUGUGAUCGACAUGAAAGUACAGAUGAAGUUUUAAGAAAAGUGGCCCUUGAUAAUGAUCCUGACAAAGAAAAACACGGGACAGAAAUCUCGCAUGCCUUGCAGAGACUCACUGAACCAGUGCCGGCGUUGUCUUCCAUUCCCUCUAUCAGUAAUGUCAUGUCCUCAGCUUCGGCCAGAAUUAAAUUCAAGCCCGAAGAUGCCCCAAUUCCUGAGUCAGUGCUUGAUAAGCUACUAUUCUACCUCUUCCCUGAUGCUAAAAUUCCCAGGAGUCCAGGAAAGCAAAGUCUGUCUGCCAACAAGCGCCAAGAAUCGAAUGCUUCUAAUGCAUCUCUCUCAUCAUCUACUUUAGAAAAUGUUGAUGAGACUUCUGAAGACAAAGACAAGCAGGAUGUGGAAAGAAUAUCUGAAAUUGUAGGGGAGCUAAGUAAGCAGUUGAAAUCUGCACCAGUUGACAGCCUUACUUACAGGCUGAGUCUGGCACUGUGUAAUGUGAAUCAUAACCUGGGUGGUCUUCUUGGAGUAGCCCAUCUCUGGCAGGAGUUCAUUCUUGAAAUGCGAUUUCGUUGGGAGAAUAAACAUCUUAUUUGUGGCAUUGAGAAAGGAGCACCAAACAUGGGGUCCUGCCUUCUGCAUCAGAAACUCCAGAUGUUGAAUUGCUGUAUUGAAUGCAGGAUAAAAAGAGAGUCAGCUGGAUAUGGAUAUGGCCAAGAUUCAGUCAAUAUCCAUGAUGAGUCCCUGGAUUCAUCGUUUGAAGGAACAGAGAACUCAGACGGUUUGGAUCCUGCUUCAGCGGGUAGAUCAGAAAAAACAUUAAGUUGUGCGAGUUCAAGUGAUGAGGAAGAAUUCUUUGAAUGUUCAGAUUUGAAAGAUGAAAAUGCAUCUAACCAUGCAGAACCAAGCAGUGAUAAGACUAGGAGGCCUGUAAGGAGUCAAGGAAAAGGUAGGAACUCAGAUGCAGCUUCAGGAGACCCCAAAAUUCCUGACAGUUCUGAAGCAAAGGCAGACAAAGGUGUGAGGAAGAAAGACAUUAAAAAGAACAGUAAUGAUAAAUUCAAAGAUUCCCUUACACAUCGUCCUGAAGGAAGGAUGGUUCCUUUGAAGAACGUCCACUUGUUAGUAACAGGAGAGCAGCUUUUCAUCCCUAUCACUCAAGAACCCUCACCCAUGACAGAGGAUAUGCUGGAAGAGCAUGCUGAAGUUUUAGCCAAGCUCGGCACAUCUGCUGAAGGUUCUCAGAUCCGUGCCCGCAUGCAGAGUGCUUGUCUGGUGUCAGAUAUGGAGUCCUUCAAAGCUGCCAAUCCUGGAUGCAUCCUGGAGGAUUUUGUGAGGUGGUACUCUCCAAGAGAUUAUGUGAUAGAUAGCGAGGAUGAAGAUAGUGAAACUGAAAGCUCAAGCAGGACAGUUUCACGAAAGAAGAAUUUGUCAGCUAGUCCUUCAAAACGUGGGCAUCUGAGUCAGAGAAUGCAGAUUCCUGGCAAUAUGUGGGUAGAGGCUUGGCAAAGCGCCAAGCCUGUGCCAGCUCGCCGGCAGAAGAGGUUGUUUGAUGACACCAAGGAAGCAGAGAAAGUCCUGCAUUAUUUAGCAUCAAUGAAACCUGCAGAGGUUGUGCUGCAUCUGAUGCCAUGUGUCAUCCACGCAGCAGUGGUAAAGUUGGUAGAAGAAACAUUUAAAGCUCAUGUUCCCAAUUCAAAGUCCAUGCUGGAUCAGUUGAUUUCCAGAGCGGCAAAGGUGACCAGAAACUUCCCACAUGAUAAAAAAAGGUAUGCAGAAAUUUUACGCUCGAUUGAAAUAGCUGAAACUGUGGCAGCCCGGACUACCUCCCUCCGGUCAAAGUUCACCAGUGACCAUUUAACUUCUCCAGAUCAGGAAGGUAAAGAAGAGGAGAUUGAAAGUUUCCUGACCUCUCUUCUGACCCAGGGUGAGGUUCCAGUACGAGGUGGUGCUUGUGGUCCUGCAGGGGCCAUCAUACACAAGAUGUUUAUUGCAGCCCAGAGAGCCAACAACAUGAUUCUUGACGAUGAAGCUACCACAGGGGAUCCGGCAGACUUGAACACUAGCCUUAACAGUAGUCAGGAAUGGAGAAACCCAAAGAAGACUCCAUCCUUGAACUCAUCUUCACCAUCAUCUGAGGUUAGAUCUUCAACUUCAUGUUCGGAUUUUCCAUCAGCGAGUUGUAGGGAAUACAUCCUGAGGGCCAUGGUGCCUCGACCAGCUCCAUAUUCCAGAGUUCUUCCUCAGAGAAUGUAUUGUAUGUUAGUGGAAGGUGACAGCAGGUUGGCCGGAGCAUUCACAGCAGAUUCCACUUUUCAAUAA